AUGGCGGAAUCACACAAGGUGCCGGCGUAUAUGGCGUCUCACACACCUCCCCAAGUCGUUGAUAAGCAACGCAUCUUGCGAGAGAAAACCCUGAUCAAGAGGAUCAGGGAACUCCAUGUGGAGUACGACUGCGAAGUAUCCCUCGACAUUGUCUACCAAGGUGAUCCCCGCGGAGCCGCUGCCCACCAUAUAGUCUAUAAAUCUGGCGAGCACAUCGGGCCAGAAGACGUCACGUGGGAGUCUCUGUCCCGUGUCGAUCAUACCAGUCCGAUGCCAGCCAUGCCCUCCAACAACAGUGACAGGUUCCCGCAGCUGCUCCCGGUACCAGUCGGCGAAUACGCGGAACUCGGCAACCAAGCGCACCCAACGCCUCCGAGCCAUCUUCCCGGCUGGGGCUGGAUGAAGCAGGGUCCAACACAGAUGGAUCCGCCAUGUGGCCCCAAGGCCCUCUUCCCAGCCUGUCAGCAUCGUGGCCCUCGAGCACAGGCACCCGCGCAGCCCUGGGACCCUUCCAACACCUUGCCCCAAAUGAUCGGCUACAAACGCGCCAGUCCGGGGGGAUUUGCUGUUUACACCCCGACUGAGAACCUCAGCCCUGAUAUAUCUCCAUAUGCGUUCUCUGUCGCUUCUAGUACCUCUGGCCAACAGCCAGUGUACAUCGAUCUAUCCCAGAAGCUCCGCCCUAUCGUCACCCACCCUUCGGAAUGGUGGUCGUCUUGGGGUUAUCAAGGCAACAAGGAAACUUUGGUGGGCGUUCGUCUGCUUGAUAUCGCCAGCCUACGAUCAUCGUUGGCUCAUGACGGUCCUUUUAUCUAG